AAAGUUUUUAUAUUAAUAAUUCUUAUUCCCUCUCUCUCUCUCUCCUAUAAUUCUGACUUGGGGGUUGUAAUUAAAGAGUGGAGGUUGCCCCAAUCAAUCAAAAAGCUGAAAGCAGCAACACCAAAACCAAAAAGGCAAUAUGGGCAGGGCUCCUUGCUGCGACAAAGCAAACGUGAAGAAAGGUCCAUGGUCACCAGAAGAAGAUGCUAAGCUCAAAUCCUACAUAGAAAAGCAUGGCACUGGUGGUAACUGGAUUGCUUUGCCUCAAAAAAUAGGCCUUAAGCGUUGUGGCAAGAGUUGCCGCCUUAGGUGGCUAAACUAUCUUCGCCCUAAUCUCAAACAUGGUGGUUUCUCCGUAGAAGAAGACGACAUUAUUUGCAGCCUUUACGUCAGUAUUGGAAGCAGGUGGUCGGUGAUUGCAGCUCAAUUGCCAGGAAGAACCGAUAAUGACAUAAAGAACUACUGGAACACGAGGCUGAAAAAGAAGCUUCUGGGGAAGCACCGAAGAGAGCCACGUAAUAGAGGGAAUUACAACAGUGUUAAGCAAGAAAAUGAUGUUAAUAGAGGGAGUGGUACUACUGAUGGUGAUUCUUCUUCCUUAUCUUUGCUUCAGGAAAAUGGUAGCACUACUCAUCAUCAAGAACAACAUCAACAGCAACCAUGUUGGCCACAGAAUAUUAAUAACAUGCCUGUGCUACCACUACAAGUACCUUUGCCAUACAAAAACCAAGGUCCAUGUUUUAACGACCAAGAUUCCCUCAAAAAACUCCUUAUCAAACUCGGAGGAAGAUUUUCAGGUGAUUCUUACCAUCCUACCCUUGAUGGCUUGAACCUUGAAUUCUCAUCACAUGGGCAACAAAUUUAUCAAGAACAAGUCCAUGUUGGCUCUUCUGCUGCUUGCAUUAGUGCCACUAUUAACAACAACAAUGAGGUACAAUUUGCACAAACUGGUCAAUACCCUGGAGUUGAUAACUUGGUGCAAGGGCAAGGUGGUAAUUUCACUCCGUCGUUUGAGGAAAUGGUGUCUUCUUCUAAUUAUCCAGAUGGUUUAGAGUUCUUGUAUAAUGAGGGCAUGAUCGACCAUAAGAUAAUAGACACUACUACUACCACAACCUGGGGUGAAACUAGCACUCCAAUUUAUCAUCAUCAUGAUUCACUUGCUUCCACUUACCAAGGUCAAGGUGUGAUACAAGAAUGUGUUUUGCAAGAUUUUAGCUACCCCAGGGCACAAUAACAUGAUCUUGUACAUAUUUUGUUAUUUUUAUCAUUAUUAACAGCUGCUACUAGCCAUUUAUCACAAGGGGAAAAGGGUAACUGAUUAAUAUUAUAGACAAUAAAAUUAGUUAUAUAUAUAUAUAUAUAUAUAUAUAUAUAUAUAUAUAUAACUAGCUAUUGUAGCUGUAUCAAUUUAUGCUUAAUUAGUCUUUGACAUAAUAGCUAGUUUUUUUUUUUUGAGGGUCAUAUAAUAGCUAGUGUUGAAUGUUGAUCAUCUGCUAGCUGGUAGCAGUGUAGUUUCUUCGGACUCUUGUUUUGUGUAUUAAUUUGGCUAUCAUUUAAAUA